AGCCGUAAUCCGACUGCGGCGGCGCGGGAGCGUUUGAGUUGCGCAGCGCGGACUGGCGCCUUAAGCGAACGAAGCGUGCGCUGGAUAUUAGAUGGCACGCACAGCCUUGCGAGAGGCAUUCGCCUGCCGCGUUGCGAGCGAGAGGGACGGUUCGCGAUUGCGUCGCAAGAGUCGCGUCAGCCGAAUCGUCCGACCGAUGUUUCGAGUACCUGCUUCGUACUUACGCACCUUCUCGUCCGCAUAAUCCACCUGCCGUUGUCGCCGUUGCCGCUGUUCGAUAAUCCUGAGUUGUCGGUGUGAGGUGUGCCUUGUGCCGUUGGUUCAAGCGCGGUCCGCCCGGGCACGUGCUUCUUCUCCUCGGAAUUACCGAUCGGCAAUUUCGAACGAUUAUAAAUCGAAGAUUCGCCCUUUGUCGCGGAGACGGCGAGACCUUAUCGUCGCACAUGUUACAGACGCUGGCAGCGAUCGAGCGACGUACGUAAAUACCGUUUCACAACAGUGCCUCGUGUUGUGUUGUAUCAUCCUCGACGAGUGACAUUUCCGUCCCACCCACCUAGAUCGCGUAUACGUUUCGUCGUCGGAUGAACGCACCUUGGCUCCGCAACCGCGCACGCUCAUUCAGCAUCCAAACGCGAAUGGACCAAGUUCGAGAAGCGGCGUGACGCUGGCUUUGACACCGCGCCGGCUUUUACCAGUCCGUAAAUUUUUACUUAUUGAAGCUUGAGAGCUACUUAUUGACGUCGCUGUUCCCGUCGUAUCCUUCAAUCGCCUGGUUUUAAUACAAACUUUUAAUUUCCGGUGUGCCGUCAAACGAAAAGAGUGUGUGGGAAAUCAGUGAAAAGUGAAGAAAGUGAAGUGAAUCAGUGAGGAGCAAAGAAUAACUGAACGGUGGGAAUUUUUUCGCGCGUUUAACUCGAGACUUGUUUGAACACGGAUUUCGCGUUGAUCCGGCCGAAAGACACAGCGGUCGCGUAAGUGAUUGUCAAUUACGCAAUUGGCUCGGUUAUUGUGUUAUUAAGUAUGCGUUUGGUAAACAAGGCGUUUAACUGCCAUGUAAGCACGUCGCGCUCGUCGGGGUGCUCGAGACGCGUUAUUUCUACUUGGCGUGACUUUCGCGUUAUGCUGACGCCAGACAUCAUCAAAUGCUAAGUCGUGUAUUAUAAAUAAAUAUAUAUAUAUAUGUAUAAUGUACCGAGAACCAGGAACUUGUAAUUUGCUGGCGACACUGCACCGCGUUCGAAAUAAUUACCUCUAUUCGUGACUCAAGGUAGGUAGGUUGGUUGGUUGGUUGGUUGGUAGGUUGGUGUAUGAGAGUUCGCCUCGAGUUCUCCAUACCUGUCCGAAGUCUAUAAAUUGCCGGCACGCUGCUGGAACGGCGCUUCCUUUAUAAAUAGGUCAGUGCCCUGGAUCAGUGCGUAUAGUACAACGAACAGGACGACAAAAUAAUGUGAUCGAUAAAUAUCGGUGAAUCCUACGCGAGAGAAGAUUUCCUUUUUAACGCUACCCUCCUACCAACGAUAAUUAAUCACCGCUCCACACUCGACGCUGAUUAAGAACUACAGAUAGAAUGCGCCCACGUGACUCAAACGAUACUUGACCACAACCCCAUCUCUCCUGGUCGAUGACAAACGUCAACAGGAUCAGGGUGGUCGUCCUCGGCGGCCCCAGAGUCGGCAAAUCUGCGGUGGUUGUCCGAUACCUGACGAGGCGAUACAUCGGCGAAUACAGCUCGACGAGUGAUUUCCUCUACCGCCACAGUGUCACUAUUGAUAACGUUGCCACUGAAGUCGAGAUAUUGGAUACUUCCAGGUGCGAGGAAAGCGGCUGCCUCUACUCGCACAUAAGAUGGGGCGAGGCCUUCGUCGUGGUUUACAGCGUGACCUGCAAGCGGAGCUUUCAGGAGGCGAGGGGCCUCCUCAAGCAGCUCGCGGACCUCCGCUUACCUUCCUACUUCACAGCCCUCCUACUUGGCAACAAGCGCGACCUGGAUCAUGCGAGAGAGGUGUGCGUGGACGAGGGUCAGCAGUUGUCGCUGGCUCACGGAUGCCAAUUCUACGAGGUCAGCGCUGCGGAAAGUCCCGCAGGGGCGGCCCUCGCCUUCCAGGCUCUCCUCCGGGAAGCCCGCUCGGUCCAGCUGCUCCGCGCUCUUCCGAUACGCCGGAAACUUGGCGUUCACUCGGUGUCGCGGGUACUCGGUACGAUAUUCGGGAAGAAUACCACCAAAGACCGGAAGAAAAGGCCAUCUCUGAGUAUAUGACGUCUCCUGUGCGCGCUUCUCCUCGGUGGAAGUGACGAUCCCAGGCAUGGGACGGACGUGAUCGUGCUGAGCAGCAGCGUGCACGGAAACUAGCGGCGUGUGAUUCCUUCGUGGAUGUAAUUUCACUCGGUUAUAUUAUUUUUAUUUAUUACGGGUACGCGUUGCGGUGGUUUUUAUGUUUUUUAGUACGUCUGCAAGAAACGUAACGUUUUGUCUGUACCACAGUUCGAACAUUUGAUACGUGCAGAAACAUAUAGUUCGAGAUAGAACUGCAGCUACUUUGAAAUGGUUUGAUUUAUUUUCAUCUAAAUUUGGUACUUGGAAUUAUCUGGUCUGAAUCGAAUAUUGAAAUAGCUAGCGGUACAAUUGUCUUUCCAAAAGGCGUUUCACUCGCUUUCCCAAUUCUUUUUCUCCUCAUUGGAAUAAUGGAGUCGAAAUUCGAAAAGUAAAAACCACCCAGACGUACCGGAAGUUCUUCUUAAACAAAAAGUGUUAGAAGUGGAUAUUGGAACGGAAAUAUAGCGUUACGGGUGUAAGUGCUUUAAGGUGUUGUGGAACUUAGAUGUUCACAAGCUUACGUUUGAUACUCACGAAAAUUUGCCACCCUCUAAUUUACGUGAGAAACAAUAAGCGAGUAAUCUGCAUUUCUAAGUGCGUAUAAUGGAAGUGGGCAAGCAUAACCGACAUGCAGCAUGUGCUGGGAAUUGUAAAACAUGUUUGCGGUCUAUGCAGUGUUAGAAGUUAGUUUUCAGCUUGGACAUUCCACAUCUCAAAACUGGGCGUGGGCGGGAAAAAGUGCGGAAAAUUCAUACCCAGAGAUUGAUGUACGUAGUAAUAAUUACCGUUACUUCAUAGCUAUAAUAUAAUAUUGAUAAAAAAUGCAUAAAUGUACGCAGCUCUGUUAGUGUUACGUCAGGUAAAAUAUUUAGGUAGAUAUUAUACUGUACGCUAGAUUUAUAAAUCUAUACACACAAUGUGAACGCGUGCCAAGCAUCGUCGGGUUGGUGCAAUUGAAUUAUCGUCUUCGUUAAUUUACCUCGAGGGACACAAUGAGUUCAAUUUAUAUUUUAUAGGCUGUAUACGGAUCUCUUGAAGGCUUUAUUUCGAAUAAUCGGCUUCUCAUUAUUUCAGUACUUAAUACUCGUCUGUUCUAUCGGCUGUUUAUAAGUUUCUCGUGAAAAUUUGCUGAUACACGAGAGCGAGAGUGAGAACGAUCGGCGAUACUCUCUUGUCGCUGCGUCUUGGGCCAGGUGCCAAAGUAUGGCUUGACUGCGUACGCAGUCGAUGGGAAAACAGAAAAGGCAGAAAAUACUUAAUCCAAACUGUUUAAUUUACGAAUAUAAACAUGGUACGCUAAAACCGUUGUUAUGUCAAUGACUCAACACGGUCCAGCUCUCGCGUUAUAAGGCCACUCUUUGAGAAGCCAGUCCUCGCACGAUGAGCACGAAAACUCAAAAAUGCACAUACAGUGUGGUCGAUGGUCCUUGAUAUGACUGCUAGGUGACAACAAUUUAUCUCUAAGUUGAUGCAGCGUGAUCUGAAUUUUUGUGGGGUUCAAACUGGUGCAGUAAUUACAUUUGGUGGAUGUUAGGGAUAUUAAAAAGUAAGCAUACGCGCAUCGAAUCAAGUCGUAUACCUGACGUGCUGAAUUAUUUUCUUUCUUCUUUCUUGCUCUCCUUUUGAGCAGUCCCCUGACCGCCUUUGCUGCAAAAUAAAGCAAUGUGAUGUAUCGAAAAAUAAGUGCCUUGCAACUCAGUUGUAGCCCAGAGAGUUUACAUGACCAUGUAUCACGUGUACACGAGUAUCAGUUCUUUAUUCAUCGAUUCGGGAAGUUGUAACGCGUUAUUAAAUUACGGAACGAACGGACGUUCAAGUAGGUGAAAUAGCCGGUGUUUCUUAAAGGCAUUCGAUGAAACAUGUCCGAGUCUUAGCAUACAUUUUGAGAUCAUCGAAAAAUUAAUUCUGAUUCCAUCGAGCGUAGGUCGAUUUUUCUGUCGUGUGAGAAUACUUUACAUAAUCGUUGUACGUUUAAUCUACGGUCUCUAGGUCGUCAAAACUCGAAUUCUACACUCGUUUAACAACAAAUUACAACCAGAUAAAAGAUCUUCCUAAAUAUGCUGAGUACUCGUACAGUAGCUGGUGAAAAAAUGUUCGACAAAAUAACGAUGAUCUAUAGGUUGUAGAUUUUGAAACUACGGUAGCUUCGUUGGCAAAUUGCAUUUGUGUCGGAAUCUAUCGUAAUCUCCGACGAAUUAAACGCAAUUUCUAAUCGGCCAGACGUGCGAGGUCCUCGGAUCGACCCGUCAGUUGCAUUCGAACGCAGCAUCCCAUCCCCUCGGCGGCCGGAGAAUCUUUAUACCCUGUAGUUAGCUCUCGGUUACAAGUCUUGUAUUCAGCGGGGUUAACUUCCUAGGUUUUCGUAUUUUCAAUUCCGCGUACAACGUUUGCCGCAAUAAACCUCUGGGCUCGUGAUUCGAGCGACGGUCGCACAGCGAGAGCCUCCGUUGGCCGCAGGUUGAGGGUAGCCGGUAGCCUUGUCGGAGGUCGCAUAGGUUGACCCGGGUGACCCCCGUGCUCAAGUACGAAGCCUCUGUUUCUUGGCGAAACCUUUCUUCGAGUCCUCCUCACCUCCGCGCCGGUACUUCCUGGCUGCAGCCCUUGCCCGACCCUCUGCCUAUAAUGCAUCGGCAUACCUACUCCGUGAGUCCGUGUCGUUAACGUAGCGUAAGUAACACGUAUAUGCAAAUGGCGGACAAAUCAUUGUACAGAGUUCCUGUGCAUAGGUAUAUCACGCACACGGUAUACAUAUACAUGUAGGCAUAUAUGUUUAUAUACACCUAUUCGCGAGGCCUUGAAUAUACAUUAUAUGUGCGUGUGUGUGUGUGCGUGUGUGUAUACAUACCCAUACGAUACGUGUACACAUCGAAGCGACUGAAAUUAAUGUAAAUUUAAAUUAUAUCCGA